UAUGUGAAAUGAUCAACCGAAGGGCAAUUUAUCAGCAUCCCCAAAGUGUGCUGCGGCAAGUGUAAAAAAAGUAAACAACCCAGCAACUAACAAGCUAACAACAGCAAUAACAAUUUGUCAAGAACACACACAAAACCAGGUGAAAAUUGGAAUACAAAAAAGCAGGGAAAAAAACGAAAAGAGCCGAAAAACUCGCUGGGUUUUUUUAAACGCCCCUGAGCUGCCAACAAAAGGAUUAUCGCGAUGGCAAGGACCACGAACAAGGAACUGAAGCUGGCGGCUCUGGAGCCUGCGAAAUGAAUUUAUGCCUGUGCAGUUUUCCAUCGAUUUUCGUCUUGCGCCACAACGGACUGGGGAUGAAAUACCAAACACAUAAAACGGAUUUGAUAUUAAAAAAAUAUGCAGAAACAAGAAAAAAGGCGCGAGCUGCGCCUGAAGCGAUUCUGGCGCUCCCCGAAGACCACAUCCUCGGAGGACUCCACCGGCUAUGAGAGUCCGACGCGAACGAAGGCGGCCAGCGCCGGGGGCAGCAGCGAUGCCCAGCGCUUUAAUCACCUGCACUACACCAGCCUGUCGCAGGGAUCGGGCACCUCGUCCUCGGCGGGCGGAGCCACUGCAUCCGGGGCGGGGUCAACAGGAGCUGGGCCGUCCGGCAACAAUAAGCCCUCCUGCUCGCUGCCACUGUUGCAGGUGUGGCCCAGCCAGGACUCUCCGCGCGGCGAGGCGGAUGGCCAGUCCUUUAUAUUCCCCGCCAUUGUGGAGACAAGUGUCAGCAGUCCGGUGGUGGAGGCUAGUGGCAGUGGCAGUAUUGGGAGCACCAACCUGAGUCUGAAUGCCCGAAGGAGCACCAAUCACCUGAGCCUGUCCACGGACCGAAGGAGUUCUCUGUACUGUGAUACCCUGCAUGCCGGGGAUUCGGGCAUCGAUUCGGUGCAGGCAUCGCCCUCGCCCAAUGCCUUUAUAGCACCGCCUGGUAUCCAUAAUCUGCCGCUGGGACAGACAGGCGGUGGCUCCUGCCAUGUCUCGCCGACGAGCACCCCAACGCAGGGAUCACCGAAUCUAUCGCUGGGACGGCGGGGCAUGAGGAAUAGCAUUUGUGUGGUCCCGAGCGGGAAUGGGAGAAGGAAAUCGAGUGCUCUAUUGCAUCCGGAUCAUGCCAGGUUAUUUGCGUUGCGAAUGAAACAUGCCGCUGCGUUGGAACGGGCACAGACCUCACCGGAUCAGACCUCCAUUGAGGAUGCCAAUGAGUUCCAUGACAAUGGGCUGGCCACCAAUCUGCGCCUGUGCUCGGCCUCGUCUUCGACGACGUCGUCGCUGACAUCCGUGGCCGCGGUCAGUUUGGGCGGUGCCGGUGGCGGUGGAGCUGGUAGCUCUGGUGCAGGUGCAAAUACCACCUGCGGCUCAUCCUCCGGCUCCGCCUAUGCUGUGGGUGCGGCGGGCGUCCAGCAGCGCGUCUCCGAUCCCUGGCUGCAGCCGCAAUCCGAUCGAGAGCGAGACUCCAGGCACGACGGAAGGCGUAGAUCCUCGACCAUGACCGCUCGUUACUCCCUGUUCGAUGCCUUGGAUCUGGAGUAUGUCCUACUGAGGGCCGCAGCCCGAGGAUCUGUGGGUCCUUAUAGCCUCAGUGAGUCCAUACAUAAGCUCACGUUUACGCAGUCACUGGCAUUUCCGGCUCUGGCCCGGGGUUUGGCCACGAAACGAAGGAGAUCGGCAACGCAUACAAGCUCUAGGCCAUUGAAUCCCCAUGUCGGAUUGAAUACCUGCGCCAAGGUGGUCACAGCCGUGGUUUUGGUGGCUCUAUCCUUUAUGGUAUUCCUCAUUGUCUACAAGUUUGUGAGGACGUGAGGUUUGCUCCUGGCCCCGUCGCCAGAGCUGCCAGUCACAUAUCAGGCCAACUAUGGAGCCGAGGAUGCAUCGGCGUCGUCAUCGUCAUCCUCCUCCUCGAUUAUCUCGUCAGCGGGCCGCAGUCUGGGGAAGCACAUGUCGGGGUUCAGGAGCAAAUUGGGCCAACGUCAGGCCGACUUUGAGUGAUUGUUAACGUUCGAGGAACGUUAGUUAAGGCAUUGAGAAAAACACUGGUCAACAUUAUUUUGGUUAAUCAAGGUGGUUCAAAUGGGAUUUUUAU